CAAUGGGUGCCGCCGCGGGCUCCCCCGCCUCUCGGAACAGUAUGAAAGGCGCGUCCCGGGUAAAGUCCCCGCAGAGCCCGAGCGGCGGCCCAGCGAACAGAGGAGCCCUACAAGCCAGCAAGUCCCACCGGAGCCCUCUCACUGCUCCCCGCCGCUGCCACCGCCGCCCGAGCUGCGCAAGACAUGAGCCAGGCCCGCUGGACCGGGAAGAGAACAGACAUGCUGCCGGAGAUCGCCGCCGCCGUGGGCUUCCUCUCCAGCCUCCUGAGGACCCGGGGCUGCGUGAGCGAGCAGAGACUAAAGGUUUUCAGCGGGGCUCUUCAGGAGGCACUAACCGGUGAGCACCCGCCGAGGAUCCUGGCUUCCGUCGAGCCCCGCCGCUGGCGCUGGGCCCCCCUUCCUGCCUGGGCCGUUUUUCGUCUCCUCUUAGGGCAGGGCUCUCCUCGCGAGCAGCUCCGGGACUCGGUUUCUCUCCAGCCCCAAGGCGGCCCGCAUCCCCCCAUUCCCCUGGGUCGUGUCUCCCCUGCGCAGCCCCGCGCUCGGGUCUCUGUCCGUGAUGGUUCUGGUCGGGCGCGUGCCUCCACACUGUCGCGGACGCAGACCCUUGUCCUGGAGUGCGAGCCCAGGCGCCGGCUUCUGUCCGGGGAGAGGAGGCGCCUGCGGGCCCGAGUGCGAGCUCAUUCCCCUUACAGAGACUCCGGGGGCGCCGGGGGCGAGGCAGCCCGGCCAGCCAACGGGUCGUCAUGGGGGAAGAAGGCGCAAUUGAGCCUUCUCAACAACUUGGAUCCUUAGCCAUGGUUCUUCCGGCGGCGCGGGGCUGCGCUGUGCCCGGGCCCGUUGUUGACUCGUUCGGAGUUGGGAUCCCGGCCCCCUUUGUAUGCUUUGGCCCCCCUUAGCCAUCUGCCACCCAUUGUGGUACUGAGAAAGCCCUGUAGGUAGUACCUGCGCUCUGCUGGCCUGUGUGCUGGGGGCGGGGGUGGCGUGAAACGGGAGGUUGACAAGAGAUAAGCAGCGACUGCCAGGGGAGAGACCUACCUCCCAGCUGUUUCUAGCCGGUUGGCCGCCGGUCUCAAGCAGCGAUAGCCAUCUCCAAACGUGCCCAUGCAGAUCCUGCCUUCUGAGGAGCAACAUAUGUUUCACCAAA